ACUUCUUCCACUGACCGAACGAGUCCGAGAUGCUGACUUACACUGACUGGGUUGUUCUUGAUACAUUUUUAUUUUACCUUUGGGUUUAUUUCACUGAAACAUGAUAAUUACAAGCGUUAAGACGUAUUCCGUGUAAGACGAUUUGAACCUUUUGACUUUCCCUAUCAUCCAGCAGGUCAAAGAACAGCUGCAAACAACGAGUCACUCAGAAAAACGAAUCGUGACUCUCGAGUCAUUAAACAGAGUAGAGAGGCGAGAGGACGCAGGACGCAGGUGAAUACAAAUCUAAUUGAUAAAAAGCCUAUCUUUAAAAGUUCAGACCAUCACAGUCCUAUCUCAACCAAAACUACAACGAAAAAGUAUGCAUCCAUGACAAAAAAUGGGUCCACACCCAGCUGUUUUAGACCUAUAUACAUUUGGAAGAGGUCUAUCUGAAACUAGAGCUUCUCUUCUUGCCAACAGAGGCUUUGUGGUCUUUACAGUGUCAUUAUAUGGGUAUGAGGAUAAUCCUAAAAACGUGACCAAGAUCCAUCUGGAGUAUUUUGAGGAGGCGAUUCAGUUCUUGAAAAAUCAGCCGCAGGUUUGCGGCUCUGGAGUAGGUUUGUUAUCACUGUCCAAAAGUGGUGAUCUAGCACUGUCCAUUGCCACUUUUGUGCCAGGCAUCGCUGCUACCGUAUGGAUCAAUGGCUGCAAUGCCAAUGCCAUGAUUCCUCUUCACAACAAAGGCACAGUCAUACCUCCCCUAAUGAUUGAUACCAAAAGAGUCUUUGCUACCAAGUCAGGGGCCUUAAAUGUCAAAUAUGUCAUUAAUGACCCUAUGGCAGUGGAGAAUCAGGCAACACUCAUCCCAAUUGAGAGAGCCAAUGGAAGGUUUCUCUUUGUUGCUGCAGAGGAUGACCAAAACUGGGACAGUUGUUAUUUUGCAGAUCAGGCAAUGCAACAACUGAAGCGUCAUGGGAAGGAUAAUUACGAGUCAGUAUUUUACCCUGGGGCAGGACACUACUUAGAGACACCGUACAUGCCCUUCUGCCCGUCCAGUAUUCAUGGUGUUAUCGGAAAGCCUGUGGUGUGGGGAGGUAUGCCCAGGUCCCACGCAGCAGCAGAGGUCGAACUUUGGAGGAGGAUUCAGGAGUUCUUUAGAACUAACCUGGCAAACGAUAGCAACUUGAGUAAAGCCAAGUUAUAAAAUGUUGAAAUGAAAACUGGAUAAAUAUGUGGUGCUUAAUGUUUUGCUGUGUAGUAGAGCUUAACUCAUAAUGAACAUAUUUUACAUUAGCUUAACUCACAAGUUCAAAAUGCCUUGAUUAUCCAUGCCUGACACAUUGCCCCCCCCCUUUUAUAAUGACAAGUUAUCCAGACUGUAUGUAAACUGUUUAAUUGCAACAUGAAGAGAAACAUAUCAUUUAGUUUAUGUAUAUUGUUAUGAUGGUUUGUGCCUUUUCAGAGUGGAUUGGCUGUAAAAGAACAGACAUUCAUGUAUUUAGAUGCCAAUCCUUUGUUUCUUGCUACUAUUGUUCACUUUUCAUGAAUGUAUUACAUAUAAUUGAAGUUACCACUAACAAGUGGUGUACCAGGGGCAGCAAAGCAACCCCACAGAAUGAUCACACCUCCCCCGUAUUUGAUUGAAGGGUGUUCAUUUCUUUGAAUUCUUAAGUUGGUCUUUGGUAAACAUAGGAAGACCCCACCUCUGAAAGAGACACACAAAACCCUGAUUGAACUUAUGAAAGAAAACAGCCAAACAAGCCUGAAUCCUGGGGGAAAUGUUCUUUGGACUGAUGAAACAGAAUUAGAACUAUUUGGCAAUACAAAUCAGUGCUAGGUUUCCUGACGACCAAUUGAAGCAUUCAAAGGGGUUGCUUUGCUGGCUCUGGUACUGGGGGCCUUGAACGUGUGCAAGGCGUCAUGAAAUCAGAAGAGUAUCAAGGUGUUUCAGAGUCCAAUGUUAAACCCAGUGUACAAAAAGUGGGUCUCCUUCGAAGGUUGUGGGUCUUCCAGCAGGACAACGACCGCAAACACACAUCAAAAUGCAUGGAAUGGUUCAAGAAAAAUACACGGAACUGUUCUGGAGUGGCCAGCAUUGAUCCCGUGUGGCUCAGUUUCUAGAUCAUGGUGCUGGCAACACCAGGGUUAUGGGUUUGAGUUAUUUAGCUAGGCAAGUCAGUUAAGAACAAAUUCUUAUUUACAAUUUCGGCCUACUCCGGCAAUGCUGGGCCAAUCGUGCGCCACCCAAUCACGGCCAGAUGUCAUACAGCCUGAAUUUGAACCAGGUACUAUAGUGACACCUCCUGCACUGAGAUGCAGUGCCUUAGACCGCUGCGCCACUCGGGGAGCCCGAGUGAAUUGUAGUGGCCAACAUUGAUUCCAUGUCUGAAUCCCAUCAAAAACCUAUGGCGACAUCUGAAAACAGCAGUUGGUCGAAGGCACCCAUCAAACAUUUCAGAAUUGGAGCAGUCUGCAGCUGGAAAGUUUGUCAAACUUCCAGUAGAAAGGUGCAGCAAGCUCAUACUACAAUAAACAUUUGUGGGCAGUUAUUUUGACCAAAGGCUGUGUAAAGGCUGUGUUAGCUCUUUGAUGGGAAUAAUUUUGUCCAUUAAGUCCAUGCCAUUUUAUUUUUCUUUUCUAAAUUUUUCUUUUCUAAAUUGUAUACUUAAGUUUCAAUAAUAAAAAGUGUUUCUACAAUGCUGAAAAUCCAAUAAAAAGGUGUGGAGGCCAACAUAAAAAAAUAUAUAUAUUUAAGAAAAGUGCAAGGGUGUCAAUAUAUUUCACCGGAAUGUAAUUUGAGAAAGUUAUUCAAAGUUGGGAUAUGCUUUACAUAUUGGCUUUAUUUAUCUGCAUGGACUGGCUCUGAAUACACUGCGAUCAAUAUAAAGGUAGAUGUGAAUGAGGGAAACUGUUGAGUCCAUCUAUGGAACUCACUUCCUAAUAAUACAUUUCAAAAGUUUGCAAGAUUGUAAUGAACUUAACAUUGGUCAAUCAUAUUCUUCGGGCUUCUUUUCUAUUCCUAUGGUACUGCUAAAAGUCAAUGUAUUGUAAACUGUCCUGGGUUGUCCAUAGUAGGGUACAUGAAUGGCUGAUAUGGCCAUCAGGCUGUAUUAAAAACAUUGGUAGCACUUUACAUAACAACACAAAAUAAAGUGGUUAUAAGAUGGUAACAAGUUCUAGUUACCAAACACAAUUUGCUCGGAUACCCCUUCAUUUCAGUAAAAUUGUUGUUGCAGGACAGUUACAACACAUACUUUGUGCCAUAGUGUACACAAGAACUUUGAUACAUAAAUGCAAUAUCUUCUCUAGUAAAUUUGAUCAUAUGCUUGUUCUUACACAGGUAGCCUCUAGAGGGCAGCAAUGGAUAGUUCAAUGCACAGUAGGCUUUAAAUGAUAGGAUGAAAAUACUGUGUUAGGUUCUGUGAUAUUUUAAAUGGCAAGUGGCAACAAUGGGUAAAUCUCAUCCGAUAGAUGUACAAGGAAUGUGUUACCCUUCAUUAACCAGUAAAUAAAUUAGUCACUAUGAACA